AUGACUAUAUCGGCCGCCACCCAACCAGAUAUUGCAUAUCACCCUGAUGAAACGAAAUUUCGCGCACGCACAGCGAGAAGGUUGGCCGAGGAUCCAAGCUUACCAUCCACUGCCCUCCCGCCUGGAUAUCCUCAGCAAGUGGAAAGCCCUAUCGUAUGGGAAGGAAAAGAUUGGAAAAAUGAGGACCAAUGGGUGUAUAACCUCACUCCAUCGGAGUUGAAAGAAAUCGACGACGCUCUGGUACAUUUCAAAGGCCUGAACGUUGAGAUGGGGCAUGUCGGCAGGGAUACUUUCCCGCUUCCCACCUUGAGUAAAGAACUACGAGGUCUUGCGCAGGAACUGUACUCUGGGCGUGGUUUCUUCGUUCUACGAACCAUCCCAAUCGAUCAAUACUCACCCGCGGACCUGGCUAUAAUCUACGCUGGGAUAUCCUCCCAUGUCGGAUCUGCGCGAGGAAAGCAAGAUGGAACUGGGGCCGUGCUCGCUCAUAUCAAGGACCUUACAGUCAGCCAUGCUCAUGAGAAGGGAGGCAUCGGAAACUCGGCGUAUACCACGGAUAAGCAAGUCUUCCACACCGAUGUCGGGGACUUGAUCGCCUUGAUGGCGCUGGCGACGGCAGAAGAGGGCGGUACUUCUAGAAUCAGCAGUGGGGCGCGCGUGUACAAUGAGUUGGCGGCGACGCGCCCGGACUUGAUUCAUACCCUAAGCGAGCUGUGGCCCCUUGAUAGGUUCGUUUUUGGAGGUGAUCCGGGAUAUACAACUCGACCAGUUCUGUACUACGAGGACGGCCACGUAAUAAUUCAAUAUUCACGAAGACAUUUUACGGGAUACGGGCAGCAGAAACGGAGUCAGAAUAUUCCUCCGAUUACUGAGGCUCAAGCGGAAGCCUUGGACGCAGUGCAUUUCCUAGCGGAGAAAUAUUCUCUUGGGCUGAAUUUCCAGAAAGGUGAUAUUCAGUACAUCAAUAGCAUGGGAUUGUUGCAUGCGAGAGAUUCGUUCAAGGAUAGUGCGGAAAAGACGAGGCACCUCAUCCGUCUAUGGUUGCGUAACGAUGAAUUCGCCUGGAGGACUCCCAAGCCUUUGGAACCGAUCUGGACAAGGCUGUACUCGCUUAGCCCAGAGAGCCAGCGGUUUCCCUUGGAACCAGAAAUUAGGAGGAAGGAAAGCGGCUUGACCAAGUAA